GAAAACAGAAAGCAUGGGCCGCCAUUCCACCCUCUGUACAGUACACAGUUGAUAGCUCUCUGCUUCGAUCAUCCACUCAGAAGGCGACUGCACUUGGUAGUCAAUUCCAGCCAGGCGCGACUACGUCUUCCAAAAAGCCUCCGAUGCAUGCAUCGAUCAAUCAACUCCGGCCCCGUUGUACCAAAGUGCACGCCUAGCUAUGCCUACGCAGCAGAACCAAGCAGGCAAGCACCACACGGCCACCAUGGCUCAUCUUGUCCUGCUAACCAUGGUGGCUUUGUCGCUGCAGCUGCUGCCCGGCACGGCGGCGCUCGAACCGCAGCCAGCGAACGCCACCAACAACGACCGCUCCGCGCUGCUCGCGUUCAGGGCCAGUGUGCGCGACCCACGAGGCGUCCUGCACCGGAGCUGGACAGCGCGCGCCAACUUCUGCGGCUGGCUCGGCGUCUCCUGCGACGCACGCGGCCGCCGUGUCAUGGCGCUGUCGCUGCCCGGCGUGCCACUCGUUGGCGCCAUACCGCCGGAGCUCGGCAACCUCUCCUCGCUCUCCCAUCUCAACCUCAGCCGCACCGGGCUGGCCGGCAUGAUCCCGGCUGAGCUUGGCCGGCUCGCGCGGCUCAAACACCUGGACCUCAAGGAGAACAAGCUGUCAGGUACCAUCUCCUCGUCGCUCGGCAACCUCACCGAGCUCGAGCAUCUUGACAUCGGCUACAAUGGCCUCUCCGGGGCUAUUCCAGCAGAGCUGCAGAAGCUGCGCAAGCUCCGGUACAUAAGCUUGAACUCCAACGACUUGAGUGGCACCAUACCUAUAGGUCUCUUCAACAACACGCCUGAUCUGAGUGUGAUAUGGCUUGGCCGGAACAGGCUUGCUGGAACCAUACCUCACUCCAUUGCCGUUUUGAGGAAGCUUGAGAUCCUAGUCCUAGAACUCAAUAUUCUGGAUGGCCCUGUCCCUCCUGCCAUCUUUAACAUGUCGAAGCUCCGAAUCUUCGGUCUGGGGGAUAACAAUCUUUUCGGUUCUUUCCCUGGCAACAAGAGCUUUAACCUCCCCAUGCUGCAGAAACUAGGUCUUUCUUCAAAUCACUUCACUGGCCACAUCCAGCCGGCAUUGGCUAGAUGCAAAAACCUUGAGGUUCUUUCCUUGUCCAUUAAUAACUUCACUGGUCCUGUGCCAGCAUGGUUGGCAACAAUGCCUAGGCUUUAUGCCCUUCUACUGGCUGCAAAUAACCUCAUCGGUAAGAUCCCGGUUGAGCUAAGCAACCUCACAGGCCUUGUCAUGCUUGACCUUAGUGUCAACCAGCUGGAAGGAGAGAUUCCACCUGGAAUAGGCUAUCUGAAAAACCUCAAUGCCUUGAGCUUCUCGACAAACCUUCUAACAGGUACCAUUCCUGAAUCCAUUGGCAACAUAUCAAGCAUCAGAAUUCUUGAUCUGACAUUCAAUACGUUCACUGGAUCAGUGCCCACCACGUUUGGGAACAUCCUUGGUCUUACAGGCCUGUAUGUUGGUGCAAACAAACUCAGCGGCAAGCUAAAUUUUCUCGGUGCACUGUCCAAUUGCAAGAAUCUAAGCGCACUUGGAAUAUCCUACAAUGCUUUUACAGGAAGAAUACCUGGCUAUUUGGGGAACCUUAGUUCCCAGUUGCAGGAGUUCAUAGUAAGUUUUAAUAGCCUAACAGGGAGCAUUCCAAAUACAAUUGCAAAUCUCAGCAGCCUUAUGAUAGUUGAUCUAGAUGGAAACCAACUGAGCGGGGUGAUACCUGUAUCCAUCACUACACUGAACAAUCUCCAAGAGCUGAACCUUGCCAACAACACCAUUUCCGGUGCAAUCCCAGAAGAAAUUUCCAGAUUAACACGCCUGGUAAGAUUGUAUCUUGAUAAAAACCAGUUAUCUGGCUCCAUUCCAAGUAGUGUGGGCAAUCUAAGUGAGCUGCAGUACAUGACAUCUUCCCUUAACUCACUUUCUUCAACCAUACCCUUGAGUUUGUGGCAUCUUUCGAAGCUUCUCAGUCUUAAUCUGUCAUACAACAUGUUGACUGGUCCACUGGCCAUGGAUGUUAGCCAAGUAAAACAAAUCGCUCAAAUGGACCUCUCCAGCAAUCUAAUGACUGGUGGCUUACCAGAUUCCUUGGGCAGGCUCCAGAUGCUGAACUAUCUGAACCUGUCAAACAAUUCAUUCCAUGAACAGAUACCAAGCUCAUUUGGAGGGCUAGUCAGCAUAGAGACCAUGGACCUAUCAUAUAAUUCCCUUUCGGGCAGCAUACCAGCGUCACUGGCCAAUCUGACAUUCCUCACUAGCUUGAACCUCUCUUUCAAUAGACUAGAUGGUGCGAUACCGGAUAGUGGAGUUUUCUCAAACAUCACUCUCCAGUCUUUGAGAGGAAACAAUGCUCUUUGUGGCCUCCCACGUCUAGGCAUCUCGCCCUGCCAAAGCAACCAUAGAUCACAGGAAUCAUUGAUAAAAAUCAUACUUCCCAUUGUCGGGGGGUUUGCAAUUUUGGCUACCUGCUUGUGUGUACUGCUCAGAACAAAGAUCAAGAAGUGGAAAAAGGUAUCAAUUCCCUCCGAGUCCAGCAUAAUCAACUACCCGCUGAUAUCAUUCCAUGAGCUUGUUCGUGCCACAACAAACUUCAGUGAGAGCAACCUGAUUGGAUCUGGAAACUUUGGCAAAGUCUUCAAGGGUCAGCUAGAUGAUGAAUCGAUUGUCGCAGUAAAGGUCCUCAGCAUGCAACAUGAAGGAGCCUCGGUGAGUUUUCAUGUAGAGUGCAGUGCUCUGCGCAUGGCCCGUCACCGGAACCUAGUAAGAAUACUUAGCACUUGCUCCAAUUUUGAAUUCAAGGCACUGGUGCUCCAGUACAUGCCAAAUGGGAGUUUGGAUAGCUGGCUGCACUCCAGCAACAGCCAGCAGUGUUUGGGGUUCCUCAAGAGGUUAGAAAUUAUGUUAGAGGUAGCAAUGGCAAUGGAGUACCUACACCACCAGAAAAAUGAGGUUGUUCUUCAUUGUGAUAUUAAGCCUAGCAAUGUAUUGCUGGAUGAAGACAUGACUGCACAUGUUGCUGAUUUUGGCAUUGCCAAGUUGUUGCUUGGCGAUAAUAACUCCGUUGCAUUGACAAGCAUGCCCGGUACGAUUGGCUACAUGGCACCAGAGUAUGGAUCAACUGGUAAAGCAUCACGGAUGAGUGAUGUUUUUAGCUACGGGAUCAUGCUUCUGGAGGUCUUCACGGGGAAAAGACCCACGGAUCCGAUGUUUAGUGGGGAACUGAGCUUGUGGCAGUGGGUUAGUGAAGCAUUUCCAUCCAAACUUAUAGAUGUAAUUGACCACAAAAUUCUCUCGACUGGAAGCAGGAGUCGUUUUCAUGCUGACAAGAGCACCUUGCAAGAGCAGUCCGCCAUCCUCAACACAUGUCUUGCAUCUGUAAUUGAGCUGAGUUUACGGUGCUCCUCAACAAUACCCGAUGAAAGAACCCCGAUGAACAAUGUGGUAGUGAAGUUGAAUAAGAUCAAGGUGCAUUAUUGCUCCCAACAGAGGUAGAGAGCCACCAGACUCACCUGCUGCUGUCAUAUCACAUAUAGAACAGAAGAUCAUCUACUUCUUGAGCUAACAAUAAGAGUAAUACUGUACUACUUGUGUACUAGAAUAGACCCCUACAAAGGCAUGAAACAUAUAACUUAUUCUCACGAAUAUAUGGUUGUCCAUCCACUUGAGUACAACAGGAUAAUGUACCAUAUAGUAUGUCAUAGCAAUGGAAUUCUUAGUGAAUCCCAAUUCGACAUUAAUUGUAUAAAUGACUUGUCAAACAACAUAUUAUCGGCUUACAUACUAGUUAGGAGA